UCCCAAACUUCAUUUCAGUCUCAGACUAUAAUAUGGACAGGCUUCAGUGGAAACAUGCAUAUCCAGCCCCACUUCAUUUAUGGCACAGAAGAUGUCACAGUUGUUCCUGAAAUGACAGCUCGUUAGUUCUUUCCGUAAAUGAAAUCAACAUGGGAAAACUACAAUCGAAACCUGCGUGUAAACGGAGAGAAAAUCCAGAGGGAGAUGUUUUCAAGGAGGCUGAGUGUGUUGGUGAAGUGAACAGAAACAAACAGGAUCUGAGUGGUAGAGAUCCAAAAGAAGAUCAGAUGUCUGAUCAAUACUGUUCACUACAGGUAACACUACCACCAGAGAGAGUAAUGGAGACUCCUAAUUCUUCGCUUUCUUCUCCUGAAAAUGAAAGACAGCAUCCACUCAAAGAUUCAUUUAGAAGAAAUGGGAAGGAUGAUGACAAGGAGUGUAAUGUGGAUGAAAAUCAUCAAGGGUGUAUGAUCACAUUGUAUGAUUUGGACAGCAAUGGGAAAAUAACCAGAGAGAAUAUGUUGAGCCUGAUGCAGACGAUCUGUGAGGUGGUCGAGGCAUCAGUCAAACAGCUGGUGCUUAGCAAUGGCACAACCCUGCGUGUGAAGCUGAGUGUCACUCCAUUAACCAGCAGAAAAGGCAACAGAAAAGAACGGGAUGCUGGGAUGUCUCUAAAUGAGCGGGAGGACUCAGUACGGUGUGCGGAGAGCGCUCAUUCUCAAAUCAGACAACUGAACUCGGAUCAGUUGGGUGUUUCGGAGAGGAAGCAGUACUCCGUAGAUGAAAACACAGAACGUAGGAACCACUAUCUAGAUCUGGCUGGAAUUGAAAACUACACUUCUCGAUUUGAAGCUCCAGAAACCUGUGCUGAGGAGCAGCCUCAGGAGAGCUCUUCCCGUAACCAUCAUCAUCGCUCUCAACCCGAAACCUGCAACCCAGUGGAGUCAUCUGGAAAAUCCAUUCCUUUCCUCAGGUCACUCCGCAACCGCAGCAAGUCUGUCGGUUAUAGCGGAGCCACAACCAAACCCAGCAAGCUCCAUGGGCAUCACCCUAUGACCUGGUGCCAUCCAUCCCAACAGCAGCAACAGCAACCUCUGCUGCACAGCUCCAGCAAACGCAUGCGUGCCCGAGCCCGUGAGACUGCAUCACCUUCCAGAAGCAAUCAUGACAGAGAAUUACAGCCGGGGCCAGCUGUUCCUCCUGGGGGUUUUAUGCCCCUUCCUCAAAGACACGAACACCAUCAUCACCAUGAGCACCACCAUCACCACCAUCAUCACCAUUACCACUCUGCGUAAGAGUUCUGAAAAACUCCUGAAUGACUGAUCGAGUAGAAAACUCUCAUAAGCAGUGUUAUUUUCUCUGUAAAAACUAACAUGCAGGUGGUUCAUCUGCCAAACACACACAGCUUGAUCAUUUCUGCAAUAAAAGGGGCCGAACCACUCUUUUCGAUGAUAUGAGAACUGUACCUGCACAAAAAUAUAAUCUCAGUCAGUAGAAUGAGCCUGCAUUCAUUAUGUUGGUGUGCAGCUCCUCCAUGUGGUUAUAAACAGAAUAGUUCAAACUGGUUUCAUCCCUAGAUUAUAGUGCAUUUGGCGGACUUUUCUUUUUGGUUUGGAAAAUGUAUCAUGUUAGUAUAUGCUUAAUUCUAAAAAAUAUUGAUUGUAAUAUUUGCGUUUGUGAGCUGCAACAAACUUUUUUUGCUCAGGAAUGUGCUUGCUAGACUGUAGACACAUGACCAGUCCUAUUGUAUGUUAUUAUGUAUAUCAAUAUUACCAUUAAUGUAGUUUUAAGUCAGCUUGCUUAUAUUCAUAGGAUGCAAUCAGUGUUUUUUUUAAACCAAAGGUAAUCUUUAUAAUCAUAUUGCAUGUUUAUGUUCUGAG